GGCCUGUUUGGACUUGAUACAGAGGCCUAAUUAAGCCUUCUUCUUGUUCAUUUAUUUAUAUUUUUAAUUUUCGUACCCAUUUUCCGCUUCUCUUCCCUCUGUUCGUAGUCUUUUUCCCUUCUGAUCGCUGGAGACUGAAGAACAACACGGAAACAGAUUUACAAUCGCGAAGGAAACCUAAAAGAAAUGAUUCACUUUGUACUUCUACUUAGUCGACAAGGAAAAGUUAGAUUGACCAAAUGGUAUUCUCCAUAUUCUCAGAAAGAAAGAACUAAGGUCAUCCAUGAGCUUAGUGGACUGAUUCUUGCACGAGCACCAAAGCUUUGCAACUUUGUAGAGUGGAGAGGAUAUAAAGUUGUGUAUAGAAGAUAUGCGAGUCUUUACUUCUGCAUGUGCAUUGAUGCAGAUGAUAAUGAAUUGGAAAUACUUGAAAUCAUUCAUCAUUUUGUUGAGAUACUGGAUCGAUAUUUUGGCAGUGUAUGCGAACUGGAUUUGAUAUUCAAUUUUCACAAGGCAUACUACGUAUUGGAUGAAAUUCUCAUUGCCGGUGAACUUCAAGAGUCUAGCAAAAAGACUGUUGCUCGUCUUAUAACUGCACAGGUAUUUGUAACCUUAAACAUUGACGACAAGUUUAAAAAUGUGAUGGGACUAAUGGAGAUAAGCUUGUAUUGUAACACUCAUAAAAAUCUUACAGUCAGAUUCAACAAUAGGCUACUUAAACCAAUAAUGUUGUUGACUGUGACAUAACUUUUGUUUUUAAGGUACAAAACAGUCGUCCAUUUUAGAAGCAUGUACUCUAUCAGUUGAAGACCAAAUACCAUUACCAAGGAUACAAAUAUUUAAAUUAGUCACUUUCAUAAUAUAGUUUGGCAUUUGAGACAAAGUGGUUAACAAUCAACUUUAACAUUGAUUUUGUUAGGUGAUCCAGGGUUACAAUCUUGUCUUGAUCGAUUUCCUAAUAGCCCCAGCUUUUGGAUAAGGGGUUAGCCAAUCAACUAUGACAACCUCAUAUAAUAGGAGGCAGACACAAUUGAGUUUAUUGUUUGAUACAUAAAAAUUUCAAACCUAUUCCAAGUUUUUCAAACUAAAAGCUGAACCAAAUAGUAUCGGUGUCCAACUGAAUCAAUACUACAUAUUUUAUUUUAUUUGCUAAUAAUAAAGUGAUAAACCAAAGAUCAACUUUACUUCCUAGAUCACAUGUAUAUGUAAUAUAGCAAAACAUGGGUCUGGUUUUAUUGGUUUACUAUCCAAUUCCAAACCAAAUGGAAACAAAAAUAUUUUGCUCAAACUAAACCCAAACUAAUAUAAAGCAAAUCUUUGUUUGGGUUGAUUCAAUCCAAGUUAGUUUUAUUUUUG